CGGAGCUCACGCGGAGAGGAGCGGGGAUCCACGGGACUGAGGCGAGCGUGGCGGCGGGGUCAGUGUCGGCGUUAUAGUAGGAGCUGGCGUCUUUGAAUCUGGCUGGUUGUCUGAAUACAAAGCAUAGUCCUGGCAUUACCGAGCGAGCGGGUGUCCUUUUCUUCCUGGUGGUUUGUGAUGUAUGAAUGGAUAGUUGACGGUCUGUCGUCGCUCUUCGUGCCUUUUUCUGGGGGGAGUUUGGCGGUGUGGCCUAGCGACGCGCACGGAGACGGUAAAGCGCCACUGAGGGGCAGCAGCAGCAGUACAGAGCCUCCGCCGCGGGAACAGGAGCACUACAGGCCCGCCAAACGCAACUACCAGAGUGUCCACUCACCUGAUGGUAUUUCGGAACACCUGGAGAUCAAAAGACCUAGACGAGAUGUGAUCGUCCGAGUUGUCAAGAAGACUUUUGCAGGCAUUGCAGGGCUGUUUCGGCUACGACAUCACAAGACUGGCCGUUAUGGAAAGGACAAGGAGUAUAAAGGCUCACAGGUUGGUCAUGUUACUCUGAUGGGAAUUGAUGAAAUUCACAGCAACGGCCUUAAUAAAUGGAUGAUUAAUGGUGAUGUUAAAAUGGAAAAACCAAGAGAAAUGGGACUGACGUGUAAAGAGAGGACUGUGGUGAAUUCCUUUCAGAAUCCUCAGCCCCUUAUAAAGAAGCCUGAUGGAGCAGUCCUGUAUAUGGGGAACCAGGACAGACUGAGAGAGCGACCAGGGAGGCGGUCACUGCAGCUGCUACCUUCUCGUACUGGACUAGGGCUGCCUGAGAUCGAGCCCCCCAGUCGCACCCACAAGCCCUGCCUUGCUGUAGAGGAGGCACUGAAGGAAAGUGAUCGAGAACACUACAGGAAGCUGGUGGAGAUGGUGUCAGAAAAAUAUUCCAAGAAUAAACCACUACCGUUUGGAAGGGUGAAGCCACCAAACUCAACUUUUCCACUGGAUGGUUACAAAUCCUUUAACCAUGCUUCUGAAAUCAGCAAACCUGCUCCAAUCAGAGUCAACCCCAAUGUGCCUGUGUGGAGGGAAUCCGCUUCUUUAAACCGAACCAAGGAAAGAUUGGUUGAAGGCACUUGCAGUGCACGCCUCAAUGAUGCAAAAGUGAAGAAACCUGAAGAAAAGUCUUCCAAAAAGACUGUGCCAGUAGAUGUGGAUCUAUCUGUUGAGGUAGAGACCAGGCUGAACCUGAAGGAGAGAGAGGCAGUUGCAGUGUCCCAGCCGGAUACGGGGAGGCGCUGUGAAGAGGAGUUCCCCAGACUCACUAAGGAAAUGCAGCAUGAGGUGAGUUCUGCUCUCGCACAGAGGGAUCCAAACUUGGUCCUGAGCAGUGCUUUCAAACUCCGCAUUACACAACGAGACCUGGCAACUCUACAGGAAGGCAGCUGGCUUAAUGAUGAGGUGAUAAACUUCUACCUCAACCUGGUGAUGGCACGCAGUGAGCAGGAUGCUGGCGCUUUAAAAGUCUACUGCUUCAGCACAUUUUUCUUUCCAAAGCUCCACGGGGGUGGCCAUGCUGCCGUCCGGCGCUGGACCAAGGCUGUCGACCUCUUUCUACAUGACAUCAUCCUCAUACCCCUUCAUCUGGGUGUCCACUGGUCUCUCAUAGCUGUUGACUUCAGAACUAAAUCUGUGAGGUCAUACGACUCCAUGGGCCAAAGGCAUGAUGACAUCUGCAACCUGAUACUGAUGUAUCUGAAAGAGGAGCACAUGGUCAAGAAAGGCAAGGACCUGGAAGAGCUGAAGUGGACAGUGAGCAGCAUGCGAGCCACUGAGAUUCCCCAGCAGAGGAAUGGGAGUGACUGCGGUGUGUUUGUAUGCAAGUAUUCGGACUACAUUGCCCGUGGACAUCCCUUUACCUUCAGACAGUGUCACAUGCCCUAUUUCCGGAAGGCGAUGAUCUGGGAGAUUCUGAAGCAGAAACUGCUGCAGUAGGAGGACAGUGAACUGUCUGAACUUGACCAAAGCCCUGGACCACACCACACGUUCAUCCUCCACAGUUUCUGUACUUACAGAGAUUUAGAACAGAAAAACCUGAUUCCAUUCUAGUAUAUCUAGUCACUCCAGUCUUAAACUUUUCCAAUCAGCCUAACAACUCAUAGUGUUGUUUCUUUUUCUACCAGUUACUGGAUCUUUCGGUUGGCAGUUUGCUGAUGGAUAAGGCUAGACAGUAAGGCACUGGAAUGGAUUGGAUAGUGGAGUUUUUUUUUAGGGCACCUUUGUUAAUGAAGCGCCUCAUCAUUCCAAGCAUUAUCCGAGCAUUAUCGCCCCCUAGGGGUCAGUCUGCAUAUACCUUCUGGAUUUGGAGAGAUAUGGGCUCAUGUUGGAGGAUUUAAAUGCACACAGAAGGAGUAUAAGAUAACCUUUUUUAUGGUUGUGUUGGGCUGCUGAACUUCUUUUGAGAAGACUGCAAUUCUUUUUUUCGGUGUGAUUGGCCAUGCAGUGUAGACUGACCCUAAGAAUGGAUAUACAGUAUCUAUACACUGUCCCCCACAUGUUUGGAUGAGUAGGAAAAAGAAGAUAUUAUUUAUUGCUAAAGGAGUGCGCAAGUCUUAAUUCAGCGGGGUGUGAAACACGCUAUGGACUGUUAUUCGCUGACAGCAAUCGUAAGCAGUGGCAGAAGUGAAUGUAUAUGAGAACUAUGGUACUUGAGCUGUGUAUUAUUGCAGUGUAAAGCGACAGUAUUUAUUCAGUGGACUGGUUUUGUCCAAAUGUGUACAUACGUAAACUCAGCCCAAAGUGCCUUAAUAUAAGUUUGUCCUUUAUUUUGGCUACGUUCACACAGCAGGUGAAAGUGGCUAAAAAUCUGGUUUUCUCACCAAACCCAAUGCUUAUUUUAGGCUAUUUACACUAUCUUUUGUGAUGUGUGAUUUAUAUGACGUGAAGUUUAAUUUUCAUCCUCACCAGAAUCAGCUCUAAAGGAUUUCCAGGGGCUGAUGGUGGGCUUAUCACCAAGAAUGUGUUCAAAGCUUGCAGUAAAAAUGGGCAUAAUAUUCGACCUUGCAUAUUUUUUGGUUUGUGUCCUUUCUUUAAAUUUCAUUUAAGCUUCUUAUUGCUCUUUGAUAAUACAGCCAUGCCCUGUGUCUGUGUUAUUCAUGUUAUUUAUUUUAUUUAAAACAUUCAGUGACACAGCAAUUGCAAGCCUUCUAAAUAGCCUUCCAAAUACCUGUUUCCUCUUUAUUCUGCAUGAAACCCUCCCUCACUGCUGUUGUCCAUUUUCCCUUUUCCUUGACGUAAAGCUUUAUUAAUUCUGAUCUGGCUUUGAGUCGCAUCGCUGUGAAUUGGAAAUGUAUCGGGUUUCAGUUCCACAUAACUGAAAUUAAAAAUAUCAGAUUCACAGUACAAAUCUGUGUCACAUGAUAUAACACAAAAAAUCUGUUUUGGGCCACUAUUACCUGCUGUGUGAAUGCAGUUGUUAAAUUUUAGUACUAAUUAGCCUGAAUAUUUUUUUGAGUGUUAAGGAAUGUUCAACACUUCUUAAACAGAACUGGAGACAUGCUUUGAGUGUGUCUGUGUGUAUGCUAAUGAGUGAGUGUGUGAGCACAUGUGCUUGCCUGAAUUUAGGUAUUACACAGGUCUGUAUUAUAUGAUUGGUGUGUAUGAUGGGUAUGCACUCUUCACAAUGAAGGUGCUUUAAAUGGUUCUUUAAGUAAAGCUGUAAAAGACCCACUUUUAGUUCUGUAGAGGACAUAAAGUGGAGGUUCCUCAGAACUGUUGGGUCCUUUCACAUCUAACUGUUUGUUUUGUAUGGAUUGGACUUUUUAUUUUGGUCUGGGAAAAAAAAAAAGGUGUGAACGGUCCAGAAAAAGGACCAAAAUUUGGGCCAAACAAAAGAGGUGGUCUUGAUCCAGAUCUACUGAACCAUUGUUCGGUUCAUUUGCAGUGUAAAAGCACUUUUCUAGAUGUUUGAAUAGAUGUCUGAAUAGGCUCUGUAAACAAACCGAACCAUGGUUCUGUUAAUCCAAGCUUUGGUCUGGCCUAUGGUUUGUGGUACCUUUCUCACCUGCUGUUUUUUUUUUUUUUUUUCACCACAACAAAGUGUCAAAGUCAAGACACAACAAGGUAGAGGUAAAAGCAUGGGCAUUACUUGAGGAACCAUCCUAUGAGGCACCUUUAUUUAGAGUGUGACAGAUCAGAUUUCUCUAUAUUUUUGUUUUCUUUUUUGAUCAUUACAUGCUGUAUUCAAACUGCAAGUGUUUUCUGGGUUCUAUUUAAUUAAACUGGAAGCAGUGAACAGUAAUGAAUGCCAAAUGCACUUUCUCUGACCCUCAGAGUGCUUUUCUGUGACUGUUUUAGCGCCACUGUUAAAAUAAUAAAAAAAUUCAUAAUAAGACAUAAUUAUGUUGAUAGUAAAGUUGUAAUACUUUGGGAAUAAAGUCAUGAAAUUACACAGUAAAGUGCUAUUGGGGAAAAGUCUCCAGGACACUGAGGAACUUUAUUAAUCAUUUUUAUAUCAGUUGCACCAUUACUCAAUAACCUGCACCAUAAGUGCCAGAUUGUCAUUAGUAUAAGGACUCUUGAAAAGUCUGUUUGUUUAACUACAAUCCCUCUUCAAAUGGCUUUGAGAUUUCAACAUCACUAGUCACGAACACUUGAGUUCUGCUGCUGUCUCCCUCAACCAAAGUAUGUUUCUUUCACGUCCAUCUGCAACAUUUGCAGUUGUUUCAGUGCCAUACACUACAGGAGAUUGAUUAUUGAUAAUGAAAGUAUAACAAAUGGUGUUUACUGUUCUUUAUAUAAAAAAAAAGCUUUAGCCUUAUUCUUGAAAUCUUAUGACUUUAUUCCUUAAAGUUGUACUAUUUUUAUAUUCUCAAACAGUGGCCCUAAAACUACAGUUUGCAUUUCUAAUGAAGGAAUGGCCUUUUUAAAGGAGCAGCAAGUAGCAUUUUGAUCCUCAGUCAGUUGCAUUAGUGCAGUGUGUCCCUGACUCACAGUUGACUGGAUGAUUUAGGUUUAAUAGAUUUAGUUUUUGCCAGAGUUCAACAUUCCAUGUCUGUAACCUUUGUGUAAAAUACAUUAUUACCUUUAAUAUAAAUUUCUACUUUCUGCUCCUUCCAUCAGAAUUCUAGUCACUACAAAGUUACAUUUCUCAUUUUGACUGAGCUUGAGUAUUGACUUAUCUUAACCUGUUCAUAUCUUGUGAUCAUUUGGAAGAAUGAGGAGUGUGAGAGAGCUGGACACCUGUGUGUGUGUGUGUGUGUGUGUGUGUGUGUGUGUGUGUGUGUGUGUGUUAUUACAGACAGUUGGAGAUGCUGAAGUCUACUGUAAAUGCGCUGAUAUGUUUUUGUCAUACAUGCAGAUUGUUGGUUAUUUUUUUAAGUAAUAAAAGAACAGUGGAGGAAAAAAUA